CUGCUCUUCUUUUCUUCCCCCUACACCGAGCAAGAAAGCCCAGCCACCAACCCACACCACCCCUUGGAAAACCGGUAAGAAGCUUGAGAUUUUCCUUCCUUUUCUUGUUCAAGGACAAGAUUUAGGACUUAGGACACUCUCCCAAACCCAGAAUUUUCCAGAUCUGCAUUGUUUCCUUUUCCCUUGCUGUCCGUCAGCUUCUGCUAUGUGUGAUUUCUGGGCAUUUUUCCGAUUUCCCGAAUUUCCCCUUGCACUUCCUGCCGGCUCUUCCGCAAUUUGCAACUUCGGUUUGCUUGCUGGAUUUCCUGGUAUGUGACAGCCCUUUAAGCCUAAAAUUAUCCAUUUAAUUUCCUGCCUUGUGAUGUCCGAAAUUCUGCAAAAAAUGGGGAUGAAUUCUGGUAGCUUUAGGACAAAUUUUAAGCAUUAAUUCAAGUGGAAUUUAUGUGAUUGAGUGUUAAUUGACUGCUGUGAGAUUUCGGAGAAAAAUCCCGUGAGAUUAGCUAUGGUUUUGCCAAUUUUUGGAAAUUGCAGUUACUGUUCAUUGCGUGAUUACUGUUUACGGGUACUGUUCAUGCACUAUUGGCCAACAAUAGGAGGGUUUAAAUGUGUAGUUAUAUUGAGAAUUAAAUUGAGAUGUUUGGUGAUAUGGUUGAAUUUCUUGUGAAGCUCAUUGGUUAGUAAAUUUGCAAGGUUGUGCUAAUAAUUCUAGCAAAGUUUGAAUGUAUUUAUUUGGAAUAUUAAGUGCUGUUAUGGCUUAGAGCACUUGGAUUGAGUCCUCGGUUUUGUGCGAUUUGAGGUAAGUAAAUUAUGGUAAUGCCCUCCGAUUUUAAAGCACAUUUUAACUUGUUUUUGUUUUUGAAGUGAUGGCGGGACUAAACCCGUUUUAUACAAAAAUGAGCAUGAUUAAUUUGAAAUAAGAUUAUUAUUCUUUUUAUUGAUUUGAGUAUGCCUGCUUGGAGUUUAUUUAACCGCUCUGAUGAUAUGGAAAUUAUCUGUAAAGUAUGAUUUUUUGUUAAAUUUUGCCUGUUUUGUCUCCAAUAUGGUCAUGUUAUUCGUGUGCCCGCUAGUUGGAGGUUUAUAAACGUUAGCACAUGUCAACAUGUUAUUGAUAGAAUCGGUUCGUUUAUGUGAUUGUUAUCCUGCUAGUGGGAUUAUGCACUAGUAAAUCGUGUGCCUACUA